GGUCAUAUAGUCAGCAUAUGAAAUAAAGGGUGCAUAUCGCAGCCAAAAAACGGAUUUACGUAUUGUUUCAUAGUUUUAAACUUCGAUUUAAGUUGAACAACUACUAAUGAAGACAUAAAAACAAAUAUUUGUUAAUGUUUAAUUCUAUAUACAUAUGGAUAAGUGAAUUGGGAAGUUGCAACGAAAAUUACGAAAAAACAGUUUAGAUUUAUAUGACAUUCCUGCAUUUUAAAGUAACAAAUGUUCAUUUAAAUGUUAUAAGGAUUAAUUAAGUAUAUAUGUCAAUAUGGAAGAUCUCUCAGAGGAUCAAAUUGCAGAAUUCAAAGAAGCAUUCAGUUUGUUUGACAAAGACGGAGAUGGAACGAUUACUACGAAAGAGUUAGGAACAGUCAUGCGAUCUCUAGGACAAAACCCAACAGAAUCCGAAUUACAAGAUAUGAUAAAUGAGGUGGAUAUAGAUGGAAAUGGACAAAUAGAUUUCGAAGAAUUUUUACAAAUGAUGGCGAAGAAAAUGAAAGAUACGGAUACGGAGGAGGAAAUGAAAGAAGCUUUUAAAGUAUUUGAUAGAGACAAUAAUGGGUUUAUAAGUGCACAAGAACUAAGAUUGGUCAUGGCAAACUUAGGGGAGAAAUUAACAGACGAGGAAGUGGAAGAGAUGAUAAAAGAGGCCGACAUGAAUGGGGAUGGACAAGUAGAUUAUACAGAAUUUGUAGUAAUGAUGACUAAGCGGUAGUGUAGACGAAUCACCUGGAAUCAACAGCAAAGUUUACAACGCAAAAAACGGAAAUGAUCAUAAUAUUAAUGUGGCAAUAUUUGCCUUAAGAUUGCUUUUUAUCAACUACUCAAUUGUUUCAUUGUUAAAAGGUUUAUGGACAAUUUAUUGGAAUGUACUUGUAUUGAUAAGUAAAAACUACCAGCAUUGAUCAAGGAAAAUGUUUAUUAUGUUCGUGAUAUUUUCAUUGAUAACAAUAAAUGUAUAGUGUACCCCUAACAGAUAUCAUGAAAUUCAAACAAUUAGGUAGAUCAAGUUCAAAUCGACAGGUCGAACAUAUUCUAUAAUUAUCUAUCGAGAACCCAUCAUGCGAUUCCUAGGAAUGUAUCAAAAUCCAGUCAUAGUAUCAGAUGAAAGAUAGUGUUCCUGUUGCAUCUACAAUAAAAUAAAUAUGUUCUAGUAUGUUGACAAAUCUUUAAAAAAUGUUAUACAUUCCUAGUUAGUUAAGUUUAAUGAAAACAAAUCCAUAUAAUACUGGUUGCAUUUCAAUGGCCAUUGGACUUUGGGAGGUGGUGCAUAUAUGUAUAUUAUUUCCGUAUCCCAUGCAUUUUACACAAUGUUCUAAGUAGUACAAUAUUGAACCUAUUUCUCCAGUUUCCUUUUGUCAUUUCGAAGGAUAUAUGCAAGGAUGACAAGCCAACAUGCUAUGCAAAAACAAAUCAAGUUACUUUCCUUUUAUUAUGUAGUAUUUUAUUGUAUACAUCUAAAUCAUUUGUGCUGUACAAUACCACAUAUCAUUAGCUGCCUUUAUAAGUUUGGUAGACAAUUCUUGAAGAGUAUUAUAUUUAAAUGUAUGUUAAUAAAAUGAACGUUUUAUUUUUAACCAUGGCGUUAACAACAUGUAAAUGGUUUCGGUUUUUCUAAGAAUGUGAUCUCAAAUAUGCUGUGAUAAAGAUUUUAUAUGUUUUUACUUGAUACAUUUAUAAUCUGAAGUUUUAUAAUAGAUUAUGGAUACCAAUUUACAUAUAGAUUUAUUUGUGAAACAAAAUAUUUCACACAGUUGACAUUCAAACAGAGCAAAAUUAUAUAACAUUGAGUAAAACUUUA